AUGAUCAGUCCAUUAUUUAUUAAUUUUUAUUUAUGUUUGUCAGUGUCCGAUUUUGAUCAAUCAGAAACGUUGGAGACAAGUCCAACAGUAUUAACACGUGAUUUUGUUGGUCUAUGUAUUGGCAUUCUUACUGUUGUGAUUGUCAUCUUUAUUGUAGCAAUAUGUAAAUGGUCUCGUUGUCUCUGUUUAAAACGUCACAUUGAAAAUGAUGAACAAAAUGAAGUGUUCUCAUCUAUUCUACAACAUAAUGCAUCAACACCACAUCCACAUUCACGACAUCAACAAAAUUAUAAUCAUCAUCAACAAUCACAACUACAAGUACAACAACAACAACGAUCAUCAUCAUGUGAUCAUCGUCCUGAUCGUAUCUAUAGACAUAUAAGUAAUAAUAGAAAUGAUAAUAUUAUUUCACCAGUACAAUCUACUAAUAAUGCAUAUCGUUUGAAUGAUAUUAAAGUACCUCGAGUUACAAUAACAACAUUACCAGUACAACCUACACAACAACUUGUUCCACGUCUUUCGAUCAGUCCACAAGUAUCCGGCUCAUCGAUUGCACGCAGUACAUAUUCACUUAAACAGUAA